UAAUUUCUUUAUCAGAACACUCAAAACAGCCCUAACUUAGAAGUGAGAACCCAAACCCUCGAAUCCUCUCCAUUACUCAACUAAGAACCCUAAACUUUCGCAGCUCUCUCUCAGUUCGCAGCCCUCUCAGGUCUCAGCUCGCAGCCCUCUUCAUCACUGAGAAGUGAGAAUCCAUCGUCAUCUUUCAGGUCGUAGCCCGCUCUCAACUUGCAACCCUCUAUCCUUCUCUUGCAACCCUUUAUCCCUCUUUUACAACUCUUGGAAACUUCAAUCGGUGCUGCCUCCGCCGGCGCACCCUCCAUCGGCGUGCCCUUCGUCGGCGUUCACUCUCGCUCGCAAGGCCUCCAUCAGUGCUCGUUCUCUCUCGCUCAAACCUUACCUCCGUCGACGCUGACUCAAUCGUCGCUGCCUCUCCCUCAAUCGUCGUUCCUCCCUCAAUCGGUGCUCAACCCUCACCAUAACACAAGAAGUUUGAUUGCAUUGGUGUGGGGAAUGCGAUGGAUUGUCUAUUUUAUUAUAUGUGCUUUGCCUUACCAUGACACAUGCAUUUAUUCGAAUAGUACAGAUACUUGAUAUAAGAAAUACUAAAUGGAGGUUUCUUGAGGGUGUGAGGGUCUCUGGUGCACUGCCACCUAGAACGGUCUUGGUGCAGCAGUGUAUCUGUGAUGAAGGUGUGUUGGAAGUUCUAUGCAACUAUGCAGCUCCAUCAAAGAAGUUUCAACCUUCAAGACAUGUAAUAGGCUUAUGUACUGCGGUUUGCAUUUCAUCAAAAGAAAAUUAUUUCCUAGCUUAAAUGCUGUAAUUUUGCAAUAAUCUGGUGGUAGGAAGCUAAGCAUUUGAUCUGAAUCAAAUAAGUAUCCUCUGUUCAUACUCAUUUUUUUGGGGCCUGGAUAUAUGUUUUUACUUUUUAUCCUAAUGUGUUCUCUGCGGAUAUGAUUUGGUAUAGAGAGAGUUUUACUAAUACAAAAGGGAAAUGAUUUUAUAGAGAAAGUGAACUUCUAUGUAUUUAAUGCCAUUGGAAACUCAGAUUUUAUCCUUCCUAUAAAAAUUCUUCUAUUUUUGUAUUCUUCACAAAUGCCCUUUGUAAAACUGAUAAAGAUAUAAAUUCUGUCAGCUGCUGUCUGGUAUACCAAUGUGUUUUCUAGGCCAAAUUUUUUAAGAGUUUGCUUAAUUCAUUUUUUAGGUUUCAUGGGGAGAAUCAAGUAUGAUUCAAGCUGAAAGGUUAUUUUCCUGAACCCAAAGAACAAGGAAAUGUUGCUGGAGAACUUCAAAGAACAUCUUGCUUUGUCUGUGAGAAGCAUCCAGUGGAGCUAUGCAAUAUUCUGGUCUACUUCAUCUACCCAACCCGGCAGGGUGUUGAGUUGGGGGGAAGGAUAUUACAAUGGAGACAUUAAGACAAGGAAGACAAGUCAAGGAGUGGAACUCAAUUUUGAUCAGAUAGGGUUGCAGCGGAGUGAGCAGCUUCGAGAGUUAUACAAGUCCCUCAAAGCUGUAGAAGCCAGCCCUCAAACCAAAAGGCGUUCAGCAGCACUGUCUCCGGAGGAUCUCACAGAUACAGAAUGUGAAGAGGCAGGUUGGGAUGUGGAGUUGAAAGCUAGAGGAAUUAACAAUAAGCACACUCUUGCUUAUCAGAGUCGAGUGGACCCGGUACAGUGGUUGAAACCAUAUACAGAUGAAACUCUCGUUGAGCUUGGUCAGAAAGGUGUGAGGAGUCUUUUAGCUGUUCCAGUGAGCUUUGUGAGUGAGCACAUAGAGACCCUUGAAGAAAUUGACAUGGAGUACAGGGAGUUUGGACGGUGCAUGUGAUCAAGUGGGGGUAAUGUGUGACAGUGUGAGCGUAAGAAGAAUGGGAAGUAAAGAAACUGCAUUGAUAUUCAUGCAUGAAGAAUAUAAAAUCCUCAAGCGCUACAAAAAUUAUAGAAGUUCUUCUAAGAGGGCUAUCUCCUUUUUCUAAAGCACAAUGGUGUGAGCUACAAGAUUCAACAGCAUGAGUUUUUGCCAUUAUGUUUGGAUUAUUGAUAUUUAUUUUUUAAUUUUUUUUAUUUUUUACACAAAAAAAUGACAAAGAGAUAGAAUAAGUUAAUGACUUUUAAUAAGUUUUAUAUGUAUUGAUAUUUUUUAGCCCAAUGUAUUUUAUAACUACUUUGGUU